GGUUUUAUUUCUUCAGGUUCUUUCUGUUAGAUUCUGUAGAGGGUUUGCUAGUCCUGCAGCUGUCUGUUGGUAGAAUUAUACGCAAUAAGCUUCGAUCGGUCAUCUCUGGAGGAUUAUUUGUUCUUGUUGUAAAUAUUAAGUCGGUCUUUCGAUUACCCAUCGAAACAUGCAAUGCCGGCGCUUUAUCAUCGAAGAUUUCGUGAUUUUCUGGAGGACAGUGAGUAAAGCUCCCUCGGAGAUUCUUGUAAAUAACCAGCAAGAAAGGUGACAAUCAAGAGUCUUUGACCAAAUGGCGACAGGACUGUGCGAAAAGAGACAGCCACGACGUCAGAGUAAAGAACAUGAAAAUUUAGUUCGCUUUGCUUUGAGUGGGCUCUCCUGCAUGUGCGCAGCAACAGUUACAAAUCCUAUAGAUGUAAUUAAGACUCGCAUGCAGCUUGAUAAUGAAUUGGGCUCCCAACAUGAAAGCAGAAACAUAUUUCAUAACCGUUACUAUCGUGGUUUGGUUCGAGGGGCAGCAAGAAUUGCUCAUGAGGAAGGGAUACGUGGUCUGUACAAAGGUAUCACUCCCUCACUGAUGAGAGAAGCCAGUUACAGUACACUGCGACUAGGCUUGUAUGAACCUCUGAAAGAGUGGUUUGGAGCAACAGACCCUGCACACACACCACUGUGGAAAAAGGUCUGUUCUGGAGCAAUUGCUGGCGCAAUUGGAAGUGCCAUAGCUUGCCCUACUGAUGUGGUAAAGAUCCGUUUGAUGGCACUACCAUCUGGAAAUAAAUGGGAGUAUAGACACACAUUUCAUGCAUUUCAAGCAAUUGUUGCCAAUGAAGGAAUUCGUGGACUUUGGACAGGUGUGAAUGCUACAGUGAAAAGGUCUGCACUUGUAUCAGCUACAGCUGUAUCUUCAUAUGAUCAUGCCAAACAUAAAAUAUUAAAUGCUGGACUUCUUCAGGAAGGACCUGUUCUGCACAUAAUGGCUUCCUCCAUAGCAGGAUUUGUGACAAACUGUGUCUCAUCACCAAUAGACAUGGUGCGCACCAGGUAUAUGAAUCAAAAGAAGGAUUGCAACAAGAAACCACUGCUUUACAGAGGAACGAUAGACUGUAUAGCAAAGACAGUUCACAAAGAAGGGCUUUUUGGUCUCUAUAAAGGGUUUAUACCAAACUGGACAAGAACUGGAACUCACACAGUUGUAACAUUCUUUGUUUUUGAACAGUUGCGGGCUUUUGUGGGGUUGAAGCCAAUGUAACUGAUAUAUUGUAGUUUACCUAUACUUAAUGUAGUAAGUUUGGUUCAAUGUGCAGUAUGCAAAUAUCCUUUAAAUCAAAGUAAUUAUCUCAUAAUUUGAAACAUUUUUGCUGUUGGAGGAGAAAUCGAAAUGUUCUUAGGGUGCUUAUUCAAAUUGUGCUAGCAACAUGCUCAGCAGCCAAACUACUUCAUUGAAAAAAAGAAACAAAAAACAAUUGUUGAGAAGCUUGAAUACUAAGCUCCAGGGUAAGGUGAGGGUAAGGAGGAAGGGGUGGGUGGAGGGAUUUGUGGAGAGAAAAAGAAAACUUAGCAACAAACCUCUAGAGAACUUACCAGGUAGGAUCAUAAAAAAACAGAGACAGUUAUGGCGUCGUACAUAGACAUCUGAUUUCUAUUUUUUAUAUCUGAUUCCUAUUUUUUAUAUUUAUAUAUUCAUGUAAACUAGCCGUCCAGGCCUCAACAAGAUGUUUUUUUUUUAAUUGAAAUUCCACUCAAAAAUCAAGGUUUAUUUGCAUUCACGUAAAACAAUACUAAUAGUGCUUGCCAUUUUUAAAGAGGCGUUUUAAAUUUUGUUCCAUUCCGUCACACUCCUUUUUUUUGGUACAUAACAAUAAAUUUGGCUUUUUGUUGUUCACUGUAUGAACACUUCUAUUAGUAAUUUAGGCUAAGUUUAUCAUUGUUAAGGGAGCCUUAAAACGUCUUACGUUUGACACUGAAAUUACUGUCAUGAAAUAAAUUUUUAGUAUUGUCAA